AUGAAGCGGCAAACACUGUUCUACCUAUUCUUCGCAUGGGAGAUCGUGAUAGCGCAGGCAGUCAAUGCAUCCCAGGCAAUUAACGCCUUUAUCAAUGAGCUCAAUCUACCCGCAGAUAGUGCAAAGGGUAUACAAACCAAAUUAUUUCGCAAUGUACGCGUCAUUGAGCCCGUUUUGAGUGGGCAGAGCAUCGCAUCGUCGGAAGUAGUGAAACUCGCAUGCGACAUAGCCCAGAUUGUGCUUGGUUUCAGUGCCGUAAACACCACGCCUGUCAACCAAACCGAAACUGAUGGCACGUGGUCUGAGGUUUGCUGGGAGACACCGACAUGCGCCAUCCUACCCAAUUCCGAUCAACAGGUAUCACUGGCCAUGAAAAUUAUCAAUUUCUUCCAAACAAAGUUUGCUGUCCGCAGCGGAGGACACUCGCCCAACCCUGGCUGGUCUAGCGUCGGCCAGCCGGGGAUUCUUAUUGACCUACAGCUCCUUCAUGAGAUCGUCGUCAGUUCAGACGCCAGCAUGGUCAGUCUCGGGCCCGGAAACCGAUGGGGAGAUGUCUAUUCUGCACUGGCUCCAUACCAGGUUAGUGUAAUUGGUGGCCGAAUCAACGAUGUCGGUGUUGGAGGACUUAUUAUUGGAGGUGGGUAUUUUCAUUUAUCCGGUGAGUAUGGUCUCGCGGCGGACAAUGUCAAGAACUUUCAUCUUGUGCUAGCCAAUGGUGCUAUUGUAGAUGCUAAUGCUAAUCAAAACAGCGAUCUUUUCUGGGCACUCAAAGGAGGAGGUCCCAAUUUCGGGAUAGUUACCCGCUUUGAUAUGUACACGAUCCCUGUGUAUAACACCUGGUUCAAAGUUCUAGUCUACACUCCCAACCAGGCGCCUGAUGUCCUUGAUGCUUUUGCGCAGUGGCAAGAAAAUGGAGCAUCUGAUUCUAAGUCUACAGUGGCCAUGGUUAUCAGCUUGGACAGCAUCGAGGUGGGCCUCCUAUAUUCUGAACACGCCUCUCAGCCUGCUGCCUUUGCCCCUUUCUACGAUCUGACCCCCGCUAAGGUGGCCAUUCCCGGAACUAAUGGCACCAUUCUUGAAGUCGUGGAGCUGUUUGGCAAUACUGGGUCAACUGCUGCCGAGCGACAUGACUAUCGGUCAGCUAGCUCUAAGGUCAACGCAGAGCUGUACAAAGAUGUCUAUUCUUUCUGGCUGGAGCAGGCCAACUCCAUAUACAACCAGACUGGAGCCAACCAAACCUUCGUGUUGCAGCCAGUCCCAAUCAGUUUGGUCGACUUUGGCAAUUCCCGGGGUGGCAAUGCCCUGGGACUUCCCCGCGAAAAUAUGCAGUGGUGGACAACUCUCAUCGACUGGGUGGACGCUGCCGAUGAUGACCUCGUGCGUGGAGUCUCGAUCGCCACAACAGCGCAAUGGCAGUCGCUAAGUGAAGCACAAGGCGCUUCUGUGAAUUUCACGUACAUGAACGAUGCUUCACGCGAUCAGAACCCACUCAGUUCAUAUGGAUUGAGCAAUGUUGCUCAGCUCAAGAAAAUUGCUGCUAAGUACGACCCUUCGAAAGUGUUCCAGCGGUUGCAAAAUGGAGGGUUCUUACUCUCUAAUGCUUAA